AUGCCUAAUAAAGAAGAGGGAAACAGUUUUGCACAAUAUACAUCUGGGAAUAUCAAUAUGAACAGUUACUUUACCCCUCAAUUGCCUCCUUCAUUUAAUGAUAAACACCAAUUCAAUCGAUAUACCUCCCCGAUCAACCAACAGCAGCAGCAACCGUCAAGGCAGCAACAGAGACGAUAUGCGACACGCGAAGAAAGUGAAGCAACUGUACCUGUUUUCACAACACCUACGGAUAUGUAUAUAAGAAGAGAGCUUAACCCGAUACCACGGUUUACUUCGAGUCAACCUUUACACAGUUACAACAACCGAGAGUCAACCACGCCAUCGACAUCAACAUUACCAUCACCAUCGACGCAACAAGCCUACUCUACACCAAAAUCUCAACCGCGUACAAAUUAUAAUAGUUUUCUACCAUCCUCACAUUCAUCCCAUCUUUAUAAAGAUGCGGCGAGUAGUGCAUUUGAUCCUUUAUCAAAAGAAUAUCCUUCAGUGCGUCCGACUUCACCUAUAAGUUUUGGAUCUAAAGUACCUUUACCAAAGGUAGAAUCUCUUCAUGCUAACUCUUCCAAGAAUGGUACUCCUGGAAGAUCAAACUAUGCAAAUACAACAAGCUCAAGCUCAGUACAAUCAAAUGGAAUAUCAACGGAUGAUAAAGUUUUUGCACAAUUGGUAGAUAUGGGAUUUGAUGUAGAGGCUAUCAAAGUAGCGAUGAUAGCGAGCAAAAACGGGGAUUUCCAAGAGAUAUUAGACACGUUACUUCAAAACGCGACCACACCGGCGCCAUCGAAAGAAAAAGCUUAUGCCAAUGAACAUAUGGCACCUGCACAAAGUGAUCCAAACAGCGCUGAUGUCUCUUCAGAUGAGGAGGAAGACCCAGCAGUGCUUAGGGCGCAAGAAGAGCAAUGGAGAAAAGAACGUGAAAAGCGCAGAAAAGGAUAUUUAGCGCAAAUUAGACGGAAUAAACCAAUCCCACCCACACCUAAUUCUGGCAACAGGAGCAGUAAUGACCAUUGGAAUGAUAAACAACAUGAUACACCCUACGUGGCUUUCCCGCCUCCCCCUCCCCCUCCUCAUGCACAGUCUCAGCCCACGUCCGCCAAAAUGUCUUCCCACUCUACUACAUCGUCAUCCUCUCACGUCAGUACGCCUCCACCUCCGCCUCAUACGGAUCCUCUUACUGAUUAUGCGGAUAAAGAAAGAAAAGAAGGCAAUUAUCUGUUCAACCAUGGACAGUUCGCUGAAGCGGAAGUUGCUUACACGCUUGCAAUACAAUCCCUACCGGCGGAUCAUAGUAAUAGUGUCUUGCUCUACAACAACCGCGCUGCUGCCCGACUCAAGCAAGGUAAAUUCCAAGAUUGUUUAUUGGAUUGUACGCUAGCUAUUGAUUUAGCUCAUAAACAUAUCAACAGUAACACCUCACCGAGCAAAAUCAUGAGCGCUACGAAUACAAGCAUGAAAUCACAAUUGCUAAAGUCUUUGCAUAGAAAAGCAUGUGCGUUGGAAGGUCUGCAUUCUUUCGAAACAGCUUUCCAGGUUUAUGAGGAAUAUAGAACAAUCAAUGGUGAAGAAAGCCCACUCGCUGUACAGGGUAUCAAGCGAUGUCAGCAAGCUAUGCAAAAUGGAUCGUCAGUGAAUAAUGCUAAAUGGAAACCAUCAUCACCAUCAUCAACAACAGCUAACCAGAGCAGUACGAAUAGCAGUGCAACUGCAUUCCCUGAUAUUGACUUUAAUAUGUUUAUGCCACCCAAAAAAGCCCAUUUAACAGACGCUGAAUUAGAGGAAAUCAACAAUAGCAAAGCCGUAAAAGCAAUGCGUGAUAGAGAGAAGCAAAAGGAAGCGGAAGAAGCGGAACGAUUAGAAAAGGACAACAAAGUGAAUUCACAAAUUACUAUUUGGAAAGCAGGCAAAGAAAAGAAUCUGCGAGCAUUGUUAAGUUCUUUGGAUAUGAUCCUAUGGACAGAUGUACAAUGGAAAAAUGUAACUAUGUCAGAUUUAAUUGAACCUAGAAAAUGUAAAAUAACGUAUAUGAAAGCUAUUGCUAAAGUUCACCCUGAUAAGCUUCCUGCUACUGCAACUGUUGAACAGCAUACCAAUGAAUUUGGUAACCCCAACUUUAAUGCAAAAGCCUGGAUCAAUUCCAUCCUAAAGCCAUCUACACUAAGUACACCAACGACCCCUGUCUCUGAAUCUAACAAAGAACUCUCAAUAACGUCGACAACUUCAGAUGAAAUAGCCGACGAAGAUCGGGGUGCUGCAAAGAAUACUACUAUACUUGUUACUAAAUUACAGCUUACAGGUGAAACCAUCUCACGUCAGUUUGACCAAGUGUCUUCUUCUCUCAUCCAUGCUAUGCCUCGCGUUCUCUACGAUAUUAAAGUCAUAACUGAUCAAGCCCGAUCGACUUACGAAAACCUUCAAUCAGUGAAAAAGAGCUUACGUUCCUUUGAAGAGGACAACGCUGAAGCGAUAAUAGAACAGUUACGACGACCACAUAUCGCAAAACAACGUAUGGAAGAAUGUCGAAUGCUAUUAUUGGAAAAAUCAGAUCAUCUCAACAAGAUAAAAGAAGAACAAGAGAGGAAAAGGAAGGCUGAAGCAGAAGCUGCUGAAGUAGAGGCGAGAGCAAAGGCUUUGGCAGAAGAAGAAACAGAAAAAGAAAGACAAAGAGAACUAUUACUUGCUGCUGAAAAGGAAGAGGAGCGUAUCAGAUUGGAAGAAGAAGAGGAAAUAAAGAGGAAAGAAAAUGAACAGGCACAAGAAGACGAACGGGUUAAAAAAGAGGAAAAAGAACGACUAAGGAGAGAAAAAGGAGAGGAAGAGGCUGCAAGACUGAAAGCAGAAGAGGAGCAAAAGACAAUAGAUGAGGUAGAGGAAUAUGGCCAUGUACAAUUGCCGCCUUUAAGACAACCGACACCAAGGCAAAGGGUUUCUCAGUCUGCGACCGCAACAGCCAAAACACAAAAGGAUGAAGGAAAUAGUUACCUGCAGCAAAUUUCAGAAUCUGUGAGCCCUCAAGUGAGCAAUGUAUUCAAAAAGAUUGGUGUUCCGUUAGAUAAGUUUUGGCAAUAACACUUUUUUGCUACAAAACGCCAAGAUUAUAGCAAAAGCCCAGGUUCCAUUUUCCAUACCAUUAAGCUAUAAUAAUUGAUAUAUGCAACUUGCCACUGCAUUUGCAUCAUGACUCUUUGCAAAGUAUGCCUGAUACUAACCUUCCGAAUACCGACUAUCUGUAAAUAAAUUUUCUUCGUCAUGUAAACUAUCAUAUAUUCACCUUUUUUGAAAAAGGCAGAUAAAUACCUUCCUAUUCUCAAUUUCAUGCAGUAAAAAAAAACCAAAAAAAAAAAC